GGAAGAUAUCUUCUUUAUUUUCGUGCCUGAGAUGUCAUGUCACCAUACGUAUUCUCGCAAGAAACCUUAUUCUAUUGGGAAAAUAAAUAGACAUAGAUUAGUGUGCGAGGAAAAUGAAUAUAAAGAUGAAAAAGAGCAACUGAAUUUCCUUUUCGGAAAACGCAAGGGUUGUUUUCAAUUGGAUUCUUAUUUUUAUACGAUAAACACUAAAUCAGACUGUUCUGGUUCUCAGUGCAAUUCACUGACACGUUACCGAAACGUCAAAAUCGCCGCCGUCGACACAGUAGCGAGUGACCGACCACGCCGGCGUGACACCAACGCCACUCACUUGUUCGUUCUUUAGUUCCCUCACUCAGCGAUGCCUCCACAAGACCACCACCAGCCGCUGUUAGCGGAGGAGCAGGAAGAGACCGCGUACGAUUCCGCGGACAAGGUCGUGGUGGUCGGAAUCGACGAGCAGGACGGCGACGUGGAGGCGCCGCCGUUCUCAUGGCGGAAGCUGUGGCUGUUCACGGGGCCCGGGUUUCUGAUGAGCAUCGCGUUUCUGGAUCCCGGGAAUCUGGAGGGGGAUCUUCAGUCUGGAGCCAUUGCUGGGUACUCGCUCUUGUGGCUCCUCAUGUGGGCCACUGCUAUGGGCCUCAUUAUCCAGCUUCUCUCGGCCCGUCUUGGCGUCGCCACUGGGAGACACUUAGCUGAACUGUGCAGGGAAGAGUAUCCUGCAUGGGCUAGGAUUGUGCUCUGGCUUAUGACUGAAAUCGCUCUUAUUGGCUCUGACAUUCAAGAGGUUAUUGGGAGCGCUAUUGCUAUCAGGAUUCUCAGUAACGGCGUCGUUCCCCUUUGGGCUGGGGUCGUCGUUACAGCUUUAGAUUGUUUCAUUUUUCUCUUUCUUGAGAACUAUGGUGUGAGGAAACUGGAGGCGUUUUUCGCUGUUCUGAUUGCUGUAAUGGCUCUCUCGUUUGCGUGGAUGUUUGGUGAAGCAAAGCCCAACGGUGUUGAUGUUCUUGUUGGUAUUUUGGUUCCUAAACUUAGCUCCAGAACUAUACAACAAGCUGUUGGAGUUGUGGGUUGCAUUAUUAUGCCUCACAAUGUGUUUUUGCAUUCUGCGCUUGUUCAAUCAAGGCAGGUUGAUCCCAGCAAGAAAGGGCGUGUUCAGGAAGCUCUUAAUUAUUACUCGAUAGAGUCCACCAUCGCCCUUGUGGUGUCCUUUGUGAUUAAUAUAUUUGUUACAACUGUGUUUGCCAAGGGCUUUUAUGGUACUGAGAUAGCAAACAACAUUGGUCUUGUAAACGCAGGUCAGUACCUUCAGGAGAAGUACGGGGGUGGACUUUUCCCAAUCCUGUAUAUAUGGGGUAUUGGGUUGUUAGCAGCCGGACAGAGCAGCACAAUUACUGGUACAUAUGCUGGACAAUUUAUCAUGGGGGGGUUUCUGAAUUUAAGGUUGAAAAAGUGGGUGAGGGCAUUGAUUACUCGAAGUUUUGCAAUUAUCCCAACAAUGAUAGUUGCUCUUAUAUUCGAUACCUCGGAGGAGUCAUUAGAUGUUCUGAAUGAAUGGCUUAAUGUUCUCCAAUCAGUUCAAAUCCCAUUUGCACUCAUUCCCUUGCUUUGCUUGGUGUCCAAAGAACAGAUAAUGGGCAGUUUCAAAAUUGGUCCUGUCCUCAAGAUUAUUUCCUGGCUUGUGGCUGCUCUGGUGAUAGUGAUAAACGGGUAUCUUUUGGUGGAAUUCUUCUCCUCUGAAGUGAAUGGAGCAGUGUUUGCCACUAUAGUGUUUGUAUUAACAGCUGCAUAUGUUGCAUUUGUACUUUACCUUAUUUCACGAGCCAUUACCUAUACACCGUGGCAAAGUUUAACCGGAUCCAAGACAGUUGCUUCCACAGAGAAUUAAGCAAAUCGUUCAAGUUUCUUAAAACCAUGGAGUAGGAAAUGCUUUACCGGUGACGGGUUUCACCAGUAAUUUUCUUCUAUUCUUUUAGGCUCCCUCGUGCUUGUUAUUUGUAAAAGAAGUUACAACUGGAUGCACGGGGCACAGGAACCUUGGUUGUCAUACUUCAACAAAAGAAAACAAGUCAGAGUUUAUGUAUCUGUAAUUCUGUCAGAAUUCUAUGUAUAAAUGCAGCUGUAAGCAUACCUUGGAUGUUGAGAUAAUGUAGUUGAGACAGCUUUUAGAACUUUGAUGUUCAUGCAAAUGGUUCGCUUUAUUGUUCACUCUGGCUGGCCCUGGCCACUCGAUUGGAAUAUGAUGAUGUAUAUACCCUCGAUAUGAUGCCACUUCCCCUCUUAA